GAUUAUAAAAUAAAAGGAUACUAAAAUGAAAAUGUUUUUAAAAAUGUUAAGUGUUUAAGUAAGAAUAGAUUCUUUUUUAUUUAAGUGAGUUUAGGAUGAAAAAUAUAUAUUUUGAUUGAUUUAAGAUGACACCUUCCCUGGGUAAAGUUUGUCUAGAUGCCACCACUAGAAACUCUUUAUCUUUUAAUUUCCUUUGCCUUCGUAGAUUUGUGAUAAUAUUGUUGUAAAGAGGAUUUUUUCUGACAGGAUAAAAUGUGUCAUUCACGUCAAAGCAAGUGAUAGUGAUAAAGGGGUUUAAAAAUUGUAUCUUGAACGAGUUCAACGGUCUAUAGAAGGAUUGCUGAAUAACUAGAGGAGGCUAGCUCGAUGGCUCUCCCACAACAUUCAGCUAUUCAAAUCCUCGACCUAUAUAUCUACUUACAGUCCGGCAAGGGAAAGUCGCCAAGGCAUUUGUUAUGCAAAUAAGAGUUAACAUCAGUGCUACACCUUGAGAAAUCUGUCUACGAAAUCUAUUAUAACUCACAUUGAAAAACUGUAACAACGGUACAUCUUUCGAUCCUUGUGAUAUGUCAUCAUAGCUGAUCCUGAAGUUACUGAUUGGCUAUCUUUAACUUCAAAAGAUGAGUUUUUGGUGGUUGCAUCUGAUGGAAUAUUUGAAAGUGUAACUCACUAACUCCCAGGCAGUGUGUGAUUUUCUAAAUGAAAUAGAGGACGAUUCAGAUCCAUCAUUAAUGGCUCACCAACUCAUUGAGAAAGCAUAUUUAGAUGGCAGCACCGAUAAUUUAUCAGUCGUUUUGGUUCCACUUGGAUCAAGAGACCUCUUGUAGAUGAUUGAUUCAUCAGUUAUUUUUGCUAUGUAGAGGUUUUAGAGAGUUGAAAUUUAUUGUUGCUAUUGAAAUAAUGUAUAUACAUAUAUUACAUUUUUACUCCUUUACAGUUAGAUUAGCUUACUUACUGAUUAAGUUGGUUACUUAGUUAGUUAAUUGACAGCUGUAGUUUGUUAGAUAGUUUGUUAGAUAUUUUUCAUAUCAUCUAUUACAAAUGUACACAUACAAAAAGAUAUGAAUCACUUUUUCAGAUCCUCACAAACAAUGGUUUACAGUUCCUCUUUCUCUCUUCUUCAUCCUUGAUGUAAUAUCAGAAGAGAAGCAGCCAUGGAUGAGUCUCAAGCUUCAAUGUAGCUUGAACAUCCUAUUUUAAAGUUUUGACAUGGUAUCAGAGCGAGGUUGAUGUUUCUUCGUAAUCAAAUCCUUCGUGUAUUGUCGAUCUGCAGAUUAUGUGAGUUUCUUCAUCUCGAUUGAAAAAUCUCAAAACUUCAUAAUCUUCUGUUUUUUUGUUGUUGUUUUUGUUCAUCCAACUGUUUACGAAUUGAUAACUGUUGAUGAUGACUAUCAAUACCAAUUCCAAUGUUACUACUACCAACAUUCCUCGAAUUGAUUCAUCCAGUCCAUUAUACAUGCAUCCAUCUGAUAAUCCGGGUGCAAUGCUUGUAUCAAAUCUGUUUGAUGGAGUUGGUUACAGAUCUUGGAGAAGAGGUGUACUGCGUUCGUUAUCAGUAAAGAACAAACUUGGAUUUAUUAAUGGCGAGUGUGAAAAACCAGCCAGCAGUUCCCCAAAUUUUCGUCUAUGGGAAAGGUGUGACAAUAUGGUCACAUCCUGGAUUUUGAACUCUUUAGGCAAGGAGAUUGCUGAUAGUGUUGAAUAUGUGAAUGAUGCAGCUGAACUCUGGAGGGAGUUGGAAGAUAGAUAUGAUCAAACCAAUGGUGUGAAGCUAUAUCAAAUUCAAAAGGAAAUCAAUGAUAUGUCACAGGGAGUUUCUGAUAUUACUGGUUACUAUACAAAAAUGAAGAAAUUGUGGGAAGAGUUGAGUAGUUUAAAUGUGAAAACACAGUGUAAUUGUACUUGUAGUUGUGGUGCAAAGGAGAGUGUACACAAAGCAGAACAGGACAGGAGACUUAUACAAUUUUUAAUGGGGUUAAAUGAAGCAUAUACUGCAGUACGAGGCAGUAUUUUGAUGAUGAAUCCAUUACCCUCCUUGACACAAGCUUUUUCACUGCUUGUCCAAGAUGAAAGACAAAGAGAAAUUAAACCUGGCAAUCAGUUAAGCAUUGCCUCCACAUCUCUUAAUGCUGGCGUUUCAAGAUUUAGGGGAUAUAAUGCAAAUAAUGAUACUGGUUCUAAAUCAAAUUAUGAUGGUGGAGGUGGUUUUAGAACAAAUUAUUCACCACAGGCUGGUCAAUCUUCUCACAGAAACAGAGUUGUAUGUGAUUUCUGUAAGAAAGCAGGCCACAUCAAAGAAAAGUGCUACAAGCUUCAUGGUUACCCCCAAAACAAUCAGAACUAUCAGAAUGAAAGGAACCAAAGGAAUAACAACAACUCUGAUUGGAAAAGUAAGAAAGUAGUACAUGCUCAAGGACCUUCUGCAAACAUGCUGUCUACUGGAGAUGAUGAUAUGAGAAAGGAAAAACCACAGCUAAACACUUCUAAAGACCAGCUACAACUGAGCAUUUCUAAGGAUCAGUAUGAACAAUUGGUGAACCUUGUAUAACAUUUUCAUCCCACAAACAUGGGAGAAUCACCAGAUAACAACAUUGCCAAUGGAUCUGUAAACUUUGUAGGUAUUGUAGCAUGUUCUAACAGAAUCUCUUCUAUUGAAUUUGGUAAAUUGUCAUGUAACUGUUCAAAAGCAAGAAAAGACAUAUGGAUCAUAGAUUCAGGUGCAUCUAAUCACAUGACCUUCCAUAGACCUCAUCUGACCAAUAUUAAACAAUUACCAUAUCCUGUUCUAAUUAAUCUUCCAAAUGGUUAUAAAGUCAAAGUAAC